AUGGUUGCUCUGUACUUCAGAUUCUUCGAAUCCACCCACCGCAUCCUGCACCGACCGACGUUUGAGAGUGAGUACGCGGGCUUCUGGAGUGGCCCACAAAAUGCUCCGAACGGAGUACGCCUCAAGAUUCUUCUCGCCAUUGGGAUGGGCUCAAGCCUCCACGAAGAUGGACUCGUCGACUCUGAGCUGCGAAGCUUGGUCCACGGCUGGGUAUACGCUGCACAAACCUGGCUCUCCGGUCCAUUGGAGAAGGACCGCUUAGACAUGACUGGGCUGCAGGUCUAUUGCCUCACGUUACUUACCAGACAGAUCUUUUCCAUUGGAGGCGAUCUCGUUUGGGUGUCGACGGGAUCACUGCUGCACACCGCCAUGCAGAUUGGAAUGCAUCGCGACCCAAAACAUUUGCCUCCAAUGUCGGUUCUUCAGGCCGAAAUGCGCAGAAGACUGUGGGCAACCAUUCUCGAGAUAGCCACACAAGCCUCCUUAGACUCUGCCAUGCCUCCUAGGAUUAGUCUGGACGACUUCGACACCGAACCCCCGUCCAACAACAACGACGAUGAAAUGGACGAAUCGACAACGACCCUUGAGCCUCACCCCAAAGAUACAUACACGGCGACGUCGCUGCAAUUGCAGUUGCUGGACUCGCUUUCGACGCGUCUUGAGAUCCUCCGGCUCUUGAACUGCAUGCAUUCUCAAAUUUCGUAUCGAGAUGUGCUUAAUCUCGGCGCAAAAUUGAGUGCCGCACACCGGUCCUGCAUGAGCUCCAUGAGAUCGAACGAGACCUGUGGUGUGAGACUCUUUCACCGAAACUUGGUCGACCUCCUCUUGCGACGUUUCUUCAUCCCGAUGCACUGUCCGUUCGCCAUCGAGGCCGCAGAAAAUCCACUGUUUCAUUUUUCGCGCAAGGUCAUACUCGACACGGCCCUGGCCAUUUCCUCGCCAGAAUACGACGAAAGCUUUUCUCGACUCAUGUGCAUCGGAGGCGGCAUGUUUCGCGAGGCGAUGAGAUACGCAAUCUCGAUUCUUAGCUUCGAACUUAUUUCACAGGCGGCCGAUCAAUGUCUUGAUGGGGUGUCACAUCGUAACUUUCACCAAAUGGAGCUCCUCAAGGCCUCGGUAAGGGACAUGAAGAGCCUCUCGGCAGAGCGAAUCCGUGCUGGAGAGACAAACAUCAAAGGCCAUAUGUUUCUGAGCAUGAUCACGGCACAAGUGGAGGCGAUGGAAGCCAAUACGCCUUGUGAGUCCGCCAUCGCACGAAGCGCCAUAGCAAGCAUAGAGCAAUGCCUCGUGAUACUUCGCGAGCGGGCUUCACGGAUCUCGUGGCGGCCUCCCGACGUGGCCAGUCUCCCUUCCGCGAGUCUCGCCAGCCCUGACGCUCUUGGGCUCGACUUGGACUUUUUCCUGCCCGACAUAGACUUUGCCUAA